GACCGUUGGCGAUCUGAGGAGUUAGAAGAGGGACUCAGAACCCUGAGGGAAGGGCACCAAGAGAGCUAGAAACCUGAAGGAGAGGUGCCAACAGAGAACUGGCCCCAAGACAAAGUUAGAGCCCUGAGGUAGGAGCAUCAAGAGAGGUCUUAAGAGAGAGACUUAAAAGAAGUGCACAAAGAGAUGGUUGGAACCCAGAGGCAAGGUUGACAAAGGAAGAUCUGAACCCUGAGGAAAGGGAGCCAGGUUCACCUGUCUCUUAGAGAUGAUGCACCCCUUCUUCUUGAUAAUUCUCCUGGGACUCCCAUGGGUGCACACCACUGUCAACAAUACCAGUGGGUUGGGCAACAGUACCAGUGGGUUAGACAUGGUCAUCAAACCUAGGCAAGAAUUUAUGUGCUAUUUGUGUGCAUUCACAAACACCUUCUUAUGCCCUCAAGAGAAAACCUGUUCUAACAACCAGAGACGCUGUGCAGUAAUUGCCAUACGUAUGGACUCUCGGCAGCUCCUAGUCCACAAGAACUGUGUAGACGACUGCUCGUUUGCGCUUGUUCAGCCUCCACCAACCCCUAGAAAGCUUCCACCAACCACUUACUUCUACUAUACCCAGUGCUGCUCUGGCCACCUUUGCAAUGAAGGAGGACCUUCUAAUAUAGAGAGGGACUUGUCACCCCCUAUUGUGAUUGAGGAAGGGCCAAUUGCAAGAGCUGUGUGUCUGGGCGAGUUCAACCUUCUUCUGAACCUUUCCUUAAUCCUCUCCAGCAUCAUACUGACCUGAGAGCCCCUCCUUGGGGUAAACCCAUCUUCCCCCAGCUGAAAGCAUCUUUGUUCUUUGUUGUUUCCUUGUGAAGCAGAGACAGUGUUCAGGGCAUCUGUUGGGCCCCUUCGUAGCUUGUUGUAGAAAAGAAAUAAAGACAUUGUUUGUUGAAAA